CGUGGUGUUGGGCGCAGAGGGCCAGUCUCCGCCUUGCAGCUCAGAGUGUGCCAGCUGCACUGCCUCUGUCCGUGCCCGCGCCCGCCUUCCCGCCGCCGCCGCUACCAUGCCCAACUUCGCCGGCACCUGGAAGAUGCGCAGCAGUGAGAAUUUCGACGAGCUACUCAAGGCAUUGGGUGUGAACGCCAUGCUGAGGAAGGUGGCGGUGGCGGCUGCAUCCAAGCCGCACGUGGAGAUCCGCCAGGACGGGGAUCAGUUCUACAUCAAGACGUCCACCACGGUGCGCACCACCGAGAUCAACUUCAAGGUCGGAGAAGGCUUCGAGGAGGAGACAGUGGACGGACGCAAGUGCAGGAGUUUAGCCACUUGGGAGAAUGAGAACAAGAUCCACUGCACACAAACUCUCCUCGAGGGGGAUGGCCCCAAAACCUACUGGACCCGCGAGCUGGCCAACAACGAACUCAUCCUGACGUUCGGCGCCGAUGACGUGGUCUGCACAAGAAUUUACGUUCGCGAGUGAAGGCAGCCGGCCUGCUCCAGCAUUCGGGGUGGGUGGGAUACGCCCUCCCCCGGGAAUAUGUCAUAGGCCCAAGCUGCCGGUGACCUCCCUUUCCUCCAUCGACAUUAGGUGAUCCCCUGGUUCUCCCCUGAUAAUGUUGUAGUGUUCCCCCCAAGGCCUUCAUGCCUUUCAUGUCCCUGGUGCUCCGUGGUUUGGCAUUUGCAUGGUUUCAUCAGUCAUUAAACUGGAUGGACAUAGCUC